UCUUUCUCUCUCUCUCUCUCUCUCAUGUGUGUGAGAGUUUGAGUGAGUGAAGUGAUGAGAAAGUGGUUUUAAGUUGAAGACUCAAACAGUAGCAGCCUUCUUAAUGUUCAUCAUUUUGGGAUUCAAAUAUGAAGGGAGUGCUCUCUUGCUGUCUUCUUAAGAUUACUGUGUUUCUUCUCCAUCUUCUUCUAUUAAUGAACAAGUCUCAGGGCUCUCCAAUCAGUGGUGCACAAUAUUCAUUUUCUAUCAAAACCAAGGUUGAUAUGUUGCCUUCUGAUAUCUCCCCAAGUACGCAGCCACAACCCUUUAUUCCCCUUUUAGCUCCUUCUCCAUUGAUGCCUUUCACAAAUAACUCUGUGCCUAAGUUAUCAGGCCUAUGUUCAUUGAAUUUCUCAGCUACUCAAGAUAUAAUAACCAAAACUGCGACAAAUUGCUGGACUUCCUUUGCUCCCUAUUUGGCAAAUGUUGUAUGUUGUCCUCAAUAUGAAGCCAUGCUGGUAACCCUAAUAGGUCAGUCAAGUAAAUACUCAGGAGUGUUAGCUUUGAACACAACUCAUGCCUGGCACUGCCUCUCUGAUGUUCACAAAGUUUUGGUUAGUCAAGGAGCAAAUGAAAAUCUAAACCAUAUAUGUUCAAUCCAUCCAUCAAAUCUCACUGAAGCCUCAUGUCCUGUUGCAUCUGUCGACGAAUUCGAGAGCAUUGUAGACACUUCUAUACUUCUAACUGCUUGUAGAAAAAUUGAUCUUGUAAAUGAGUGCUGUGAACAAGUUUGCCAAAAUGCAAUACAUUAUGCUGCUAGAAAAAUUGCCUUGAAUGAUAUGUCAAAUUCAAAUGGAAACCAUAGUUUGCCUCGGAAGACAGCUCGGAUCAAUGAUUGUAAGAUUAUCGUCUUACGUUGGCUGGCCGGAAAACUCAAUCCAUCCACUGCAAAUACUGUUUUUAGAGGAAUUUCAAAUUGCAACCUAAACAAAGUUUGCCCGUUGGUUUUUCCGAAUGUCACAAGAAUUGUGAAAGAAUGUGGAAGUCAGAUAAGAAAUCAUACAACUUGCUGCAAAGCAACCAAAAGUUAUGUGUCAUAUUUGCAAGAACAAAGCUUUGUUACCAAUCUUCAAGCCUUGAAAUGUGCUGUAUCACUCGGAAUGAAGUUACAGAAAGAAAAUGUCUCAUAUAAUGUCUAUGAUCUUUGUCACAUAAGCUUGAAGGAUUUUUCUCUUCAAGUUAACUCGCAAGAAUCCGGCUGCCUUUUGCCCAGUUUGCCUUCAGAUGCAGUAUUCGAUAAAACUUCAGGGAUUGGAUUCACUUGCGACCUUAAUGACAACAUUGUUGCUCCAUGGCCUUCGAAGUCUCAUGCGCUACAAUCUUCAUGCAAUAGAACUACUAAACUUCCCUCGCUUCCUACAUCAACGUCUUCUCAAAACGGUCUUUUCAUUAAUAUCUUGGUUUUGCCUCCACUCUUCACCUCAAUACUACUUCUCAAGAAGCUCUCUACAUUUUAAGUAUAUUUUUGGCCACAGCUGUCAGCUAAGUUGGCAAUCCUUUGUGGCUAUAACUUUUAAGGAAGGAAUAGAGGUCCUUAAUUAUAUCCAAUCUUCCAACAUGUUAGAUUUUUAUUGAUUGUAAUUUAUUACCAUAUAUCAUUGUUUCAAUAUUCUUUGUAAUUGUAAACAAGCUAUGUUUCCUUA